AUGUCGACACAUCGCACCGCCGCCAUGCUGCGCGCCUAUGCGACGGCCGCCUCCAAGCCGCCCUCCCGGCUGCGCGCACGAGGAAAGACUCCCGUGGGCCUGGACCACUUCAUACAGCGGCAGCGCGCCCUGGCCCUGUGGCGAGACAUUGUCCGCAGCACGGCCAGCAUCCCCGACGCAGGCGCACGACGAGACAUGCGCCGCUUCGCAAGGUCCGAGUUCGACCAACACCGCUCCGUCACUGAUCUUGUAUCUCCACUGCCUCCCUCGCCUUCGUCACCCAGGCUGACCGCUGCACAGGGCCACAUUCGAUAUCUGAUUUCACAUGGAAAGACACAGUUCCAGACUAUCAAAGGCACCCUGAUCAACUCCGGCCUACUCUCCGAAUAG